CAAAUGCUUAUUGAUUUAACACUUGUUUUCCCAUUGUGAAACCUCCGCUCCACCUCUCCCCCACUCUUGCUCUGUUUUUCCGUCUGUUUCAUCAAAGAAUUCAAGAAUUUUUUGACCCAAUUCAAUGAUGCAGAAUUGCUAAUUAUAUCAAGUUUUUAAGACUGUUAUUCUCACAGUUAUUCAGUUUUUAUGAGGUGGGCUAUGGAAAUUCUAUCACCAGCUUCUUAUUUUUCGAACUCAAGGUGGUUGAUUGACGACAGCAAAAAGAGUACCACAUGGACACCUGAAGAGAACAAGAGGUUUGAGAAUGCUCUGGCAUUGUUUGAUAAGGACACGCCGGAUCGGUGGCAGAAAGUGGCGGCAAUGGUUCCGGGGAAGACGGUGGUGGAUGUAAUGAAACAAUAUAAGGAAUUGGAGGAUGAUGUUAACAGUAUAGAAGCAGGGCUAGUUCCAAUUCCUGGAUAUAGUACCUCGCCUUUUACAUUGGAGUGGGGAAACAGUCAUGGUUUUGAUGGGUUCAAGCAGUCAUAUGGUCCUGAGGGUAAGAGAGCUUUAUCAACUAGGCCUUGUGAGCAAGAAAGAAAGAAGGGUGUACCAUGGACAGAAGAAGAGCAUAAAUUGUUUUUGAUGGGGCUUAAGAAGUAUGGAAAAGGGGACUGGAGAAAUAUCUCCCGCAAUUUCGUGAUCACCAGAACUCCGACUCAAGUGGCCAGCCAUGCCCAGAAGUAUUUCAUCAGGCAGCUUUCGGGGGGAAAAGAUAAGAGAAGAGCAAGCAUUCAUGAUAUAACAACAGUUAAUCUCAAUGACAAUCAAACUCCUCCUUCACAAGAAACUAAAAAACCUCCUUCACCAGAGCAAUCUACCACACUCUCCCGGGAGAUGAAUUCUGCUUCCAUGUCCAAAACUUGUCAGUGGAAUCAGCCAAAUGAUGGGGCUGGCAUGAGUUUUGAUUCAACACAUGAAAAUGUUUUCAUGUCACCACCUUACGGGGUUAAUAAUUCAUAUGGGCUUAAAAUGCAGGGGGGCCAAUAUAUGCAAAGAGGUGCUUUGAAUGAAUCUUAUUUUGCGCCUCAGAAUAUGGUUUUUCAGAUGCAGAUUGCGCAGCAGUAUACUCAUGGAUGAGAUCAUUAUACCGAAAACUAUGGAUUGGAACUCCAUGUCUCAGUUUAGUUCAGUAGCAUAGUUGUGUUUCUUCAAUUUGCUGGUGUUUUUUUUUGUGAAUAUGUUUGGCACUUUUGAGUUAGUAGAGAGCAAUUGAACUUGAGGAAUGUUGGACUCUCUCUCUGUGUUGGUAGGAAUUUCAAAUUCCAAGUUGCCAAAUUUCAACCUAGAAUAGAAUAGACACUCUCUGCAUGAGGAUAAUAUGCAGAUUCCAUGUAUGUUUGGGAAUGUGGUGGUUUCAGGAAUAAACAUAUUAGUUUCGAUGCAAGAGAUUGAUUUCAUGCUCGAACUCAUGAUAUAUCGUUUGAGCGAGAAGAGAAAAAAAAAAAUACGUGACAUCGCUUCAUGUCCUAUCUUCCUAGAAUGUCAUUGGAUGCUCAUUUUGAAUUGGC